AUGUACCUGAGGUGCACAGGUGGCAAAGUCGGUGCCACAUCUGCCCUGGUACCCAAGAUCAGCCCCCUGGGUCUGUCUCCAAAAAAGAUUGGUGAUGACAUCACCAAGGCAACCGGUGACUUGAAGGAUCUGAAGAUUACAGUGAAAAUGACUAUUCAGAACAGACAGGCUCAGACUGAAGUGUUACCUUCUGCCUCUGCCUUGAUCAUCAAAGUCCUCAAGGAACCACCAAGAGACAGAAAAAAACAGAAAAACAUUAAACACACUGUUUAUAUCACUUUUGAUGAGAUUGUCAACAUUGCUCAACAGAUGCAGCACAGAUCUUUAGCGAGAGAACUCUCUGGAACCAUUAAUGAGAUCCUGGGGACUGCCUAG